GAGUGUUUAUGCUUCGUCCGGUGUCAUGCCAUAUGAUCUAUUGGAGAGCGCGUUUAACUGUUUAAACCGUGACAUCCUGGGUCUCCUCUCCUUGACACUGGUGAACAGCGGACGCAUUCGAAGUGCAUGCUCAGUAAACUGUGGAAUCCAACAUGGCGGCAAUUUCAAGAGCGACAGGAAUUGAUGACUGGUGGAAAAGUCUUCUUGUUUUCUCUGUAUUGCUGAAAUCUCUCCUGAUACCUGCGUACCAUUCCAGUGAUUUUGAGGUGCACAGAAAUUGGCUUGCCAUUACAAACAGUUUGCCCUUGUCAAGAUGGUAUUAUGAGAAAACUUCAGAGUGGACUCUGGAUUAUCCGCCGCUAUUUGCCUGGUUUGAGUAUUUGUUAUCACAAGUAGCUGCCUUGGUCGAUCCUAGGAUGGUGAUUAUAAGCAAGUUACCUUAUACAAGUCUAUCAACUGUACUGUUCCAAAGAGGAUCUGUUAUGUUUACAGACCUGCUGUUGGCUUACGCUGUGAAGGAGUAUUGUAGCUAUCUUGCCAAGAAGUCUUCUGUUACUGUGCGCAAUUGUCUGAUCUUGGCUAUAUUGGUCAUUUUUAAUUUUGGUCUUCUGAUAGUGGAUCACAUUCAUUUCCAAUACAAUGGGUUCUUGUUUGGCAUUCUGCUUCUCUCUAUAACAAAGUUGUCGCAGGGAUGUGCAUUGGAAGGCUCUUUUUGGUUUGCAGUCCUGCUGAAUUUCAAACACAUCUUUCUCUACAUUGCCCCAGCAUACUUCAUUUUCCUUUUGCGAUCUUACUGUUUCCAACCAUCUGCAGCUGAAAAGAAAGAGAAACAGUUGAGAAUUUUUGGUGUAAAUAUUUGGGAUUUUUCCCCUUUGAAGUUGAUGAGACUUGGCAUCAUUGUGGUCUUUGUAUUUGGUCUUUCAUUUGGACCAUUCAUAGCCAUGGGUCAAUUACCUCAGGUGCUAUCAAGACUUUUUCCUUUCAAACGAGGUUUAUGCCAUGCCUACUGGGCUCCAAAUUUCUGGGCUUUGUACAAUGCACUGGACAAGGCUAUUGCUAUUUUUGGUUCAAAAGCAGGAAUCUUGCCCAAAGAUGCCAUGAAAAGUAAAGCCUCCAUGACAGGUGGUUUGGUUGGUCAGUCUGAGCACUUGAUUCUUCCAUCAGUUCCUCCAGUUGUCACAAUGAUCCUAACACUUUUUUCUGUGAUGCCUGCUCUAUGGCAUGUGUGGUUUAGGCCAUCAGGCAUCACUGGAUUUCUCCGCUGUCUCGUUCUUUGUGCCUUUGGUUCCUUCUUGUUCGGUUGGCAUGUGCACGAAAAGGCCAUCCUGAUGGUUAUUGUUCCUCUCAGCUUAAUGGCUGUUGUUGAAAGACGACCUGCACGGGUUUUUCUAUUGCUGAGCACAACAGGCCAUCUCUCACUGUUUCCUUUGCUGUUCCAGUCACAAGAAACUCCCAUUAAAGUCUUUCUCAUGCUGAUGUUUACAAUUUUCUCGUUCUACUCACUAUGUCUUGUUCACUGUGGGGAAUCUUCCGAAACGUCCAUAUCGGAUCUGUUCAAAUUACCCAUUGUUGAGUGGUACGAAGCGUGUUACUUGUAUGGUUUAGUUGUCUUGGAACUCUACUGCAGUGCCAUUCAUCCUUUUACUGUGCUUGCCGUUAAGCUGCCUUUUUUACCGCUCAUGCUUACGUCGGUGUAUUGUGCCGUGGGUGUGAUUUGGGCGUGGAUCUUAUUUUACGUGGACACUCUGACGAGCUCGCUGAUUAAUAGGGCAGCGGUGUCAACUAUAAGAGAAACUGUGGUUGGAAAACAGUCUGCCAAGAAGAAACAGUGAAAUGCCCCUUUGGACGAAGGUCAAGAGAUUCUACAGAUAAAUUAUAGUAGGCUAGUUUAAGAAAGUUUUUUGUCUCAAAACUUUGGGUUUUGAAUCCCUUUCAAACUAAAUUUUAAUACGGUGUUCUGGUAAUCACUUUGGAUUAGGAUAAGAUUGCUCGAAAUAUAUGACUCUCCUAAAUGUUAUGUUGAACUCGCAUGUCAAGUGUUCUUGUGACAAGCGUUCUUAGCUCUGAAAAUCUUCAAAUGGGUAAAAUAGAAACCAGCACAGAUUGCCUUAAGUCUUUUUUUUUUCUCUGACGAAUGUAGAUGAAAGGCGAACGCAUAUUUGACAUUCGAACAGGAAGAGAUUGGGUCGAGACCACUCAAAUAAAACUAGAAAUAGUCCACAGGCUGGAUUUCUUCUUGGCCUCUCGUCCCAGUCUUUUAUCUUCCUUAUCUCUUCAGGAUCUCGCCCUAACUUCAUUUCGCCUUAUAGGCUUUCACUCAGUAUUGAGAGAAUAUCGACAUACUGCCAGAAACCUACAAACAAGAGCAAAAAUAACACUUCCUGUCUACCUCUGUGACCGAAAUGAUAGGGGAAGAACGUGUAAUUAAAAAUUUAUAAAGAUAAGACCCAAAAAUUUGCGCGGGGGUAGAAUAUUAAGAUGUCACAGUUUAGCUCUUACUUCCUAUUGGGUCAAAGUCUAACUUAGGAAUCCACUGAGAUUAUGCCUCAGUCUUCCUCCCCUGCCAUGUGUUCUCUGAAGUUAAGCAUGUUGUACAGAGAAAGUAUCUAUUGUCGGGUACCCUUGUGGUAUAUAUCUCCUCAAAAAGAAAAUUGGGAACCUCGAGAUCCUAUACUUUGGACGCAUGCUCAUGAAAUUUAGCAGAUUUACCAAACUAGGCAUGAGUAACCUUAGGCAGUGUAAAAUUGGUUUCAUAGAAUAUCCAGUUUCGUGACCUGCUGAUGAAUCAUUUCAACAGGAGGGCGCUUAGAAAAAUUCUGUGCGUUGAAAACCUCUUUUGUUGUUGUUGUUUUUUCUUUUUUACAUUUUUGAACAACCAACUCCUCAUGUACUGCCUCAAAUCCAUCACGGAAAGAAUGUUCAGAGGUUUUCCUGUGCCAUCAAACCCUGCAGAGGCCUUUUGAGUCCUUCCACUUUUGAGGAAGGAGGGCAUGCAUCUGGUUAUGGACCCACGUUUCAAACGAGUGAAACUGUAAUUUGUUUAAUCACAAUUAGCAUAAAUUAAUAUUUUGCCGAUACGCAUUUGAGGACUGGUGUGAGGCAAGUGUGAGGUGCGUGGAGAGUUAUGGGAUCGUAGUUUGUAGUUUGAGGUCGUUAGUAGGGCGAGGAAAUCUGCGGUCAGUCUUCACCGUUUAAAUUUAUUAAGUUUUUUUUUUUUUUUCCUGAAAUAUCGUCAUGUUCAAAUGAGCUUUUACUUAGGGUUUUACUCGCAUACCUCUUUAAGUAACUGUUCUCCACUUGUGUACAUCAUGAUGUUAUCAUGAUAGGAUCAUAGGAUGCCCUAAAACCCCGAGGAUGGCACCAUUACCUUGGUUGGGGGUACGCGUUCCCCGCUUUUGCCACCUGCGGAUUUUUAAGGGUUAACGCGUCUGGCUUUGGUUCAUUUAGUUUCCAUCAGUCGCAAUAACCUUUUUCAAGCAUAUUGGUGUUAAAUAUACGGUACUGCGGCUUGGCUGACCAACGCACCCAGAUAUCAACACUGUGUGCCCAGUUGA